AUGAUAAGAAAAGAAGUAAAAAAUAAAGAAACUAUCAAGAUGCUAUAAUAAUAAGCACUAUCGGAGGUCCUUUUAUCUGGGUUUAAGAUAGAUUUUAAAGAACUCAUAAUUUAGAUUACCCACAUCAUAUUAUCACUAGAUCAUUUUAUAUCUUUUUGGACCCUAAUUUUCUUCACUGGCUAGUAUGUAUAUUUAAUUGAAAAAAAUUUAUCAGUUUCUAAAUUAUUGUAAAGUUAUAAUGAU